AAGAGGUUUGACGUGUCUGCAUUUUUGUGCUAGUAUGAGGAAAGGAUGAGAACAAGAGUGGUGAGGUGGCUUGCUCUUGACCCAAGAGGGUGAUUUUCUUUUGCCCCAUCUCACUCUGUGGCUCCGUUUCUGGGGGAUCAAGAUGUCCUGCCCACCUUUUAAUACCAUGAUCUUCUGGAUCUUUCUUAGCACACUCAGCAUUAUUCACCUUGCUUGCACAACAGAAGAGCCAGUUUCAGUGGAGCAGAAACCCCUGGAGAUAAGAGGUGAAAUUAUCAAGAUUUACUGCAACUACAUAUCAAAGAGAGAAGGCAUAAAGACUCUGAAAGCCAUGCUGCUUAAAGGACAUAAUCAAACAGAAGUCUGCUCACUUUUCUGGAAAAGCAUGAACCACAGCCGACAGAGUAAUAAUACUGAACUCAGCUGCCAGGUUCAGUUUCUCGAAGAAGAGAAGCAAAUCAUCUUCGACCUGCAGAAACUACAUGUCAACCAGACAGACAAUUACUUCUGCAAGAUUGAACUCCUAGACCCAGCACCCUAUGAAACCAGCACAAGCCACAGGGGGACGUUAAUUCACGUGCAAGCUCCAGAAGUUCACUGUCCAAAACCAGUAAGCAUCUUAAGUAUGGCUACAGCUAUUGGAGUUCUGAUGUUCUACGGUCUGGUAGUCACAUCAGCUGUUUACCUCUGUUGGAGGAAAGCCAAGAAGAAUAAGAUUGUUCGGAAUGACUAUUUGAACAUGACUCCCUGGCAGUUCAACGGUCAGAAGAAGAGGCCCCAUCAACCAGCUGUCCCAGCAAGGAACUACACUGCAUACCGCUCCUGGGAGCCCUGACCACUGGCAAACCGUGUGGCCUCUUCUGCGCAACAGGCGAUAGGAAAGAGAUGGGUGGCUGUCACUGGACACAGGUGUCAGCAAAUGAGAGAAUUACAACCCUGGGGGUUCUCAGUGUCACAAAGGAUAAAAGCUGUCUCUUAAGUUAUGUUUCAAACUGUUGGUAGAAAAGAAGAUAAAGUGAGAUUGGGAUGUACUUAUAAUCACGGAAACCUAUUAUUCUUUGCCGGCAAAUGCUGGUUCCAUCUGCGUUACUGAUCUUUCCUGAUCACAUAUGUCUCCAUAGAAUAUAAAUGUUAAAAAAACUGUACCAAAACUCCAGCAAGUCUACCAAGCAAAAAGCGGAGGUUAAAAAACCCCCUGUCAGUUUCCACAUUAAAGGCAAAAUGUUAAAUUUAGAGUAAAACAUUUGCCUAACAGAGUAUAAGCAUCCAUCUUAGUUGGUCCUGGGCUAUAAUGAACAUCAUCUGUCUCAAAUGAACUGUGUGAUUAGCUGGAGGGCGUUGCAAUGCAAUUCUGCACAUAGUAUCAGGAAGGUGGAAGGUGCACAUAGUAUGAAGGAAGGUGAAAGGUGCAGCUCUUUGAGAAUGUUCUUGAGAUGUGCAGACUUUCAUCAAACCUUGGACAGAGUCAAGGAUGCUGAAGAAGCAGGUGAAGAAGUCCUCAGUGGGGGAGGAAGGUUACCUCACAGAUGAUCCAGAUGUCACAGGCUUUCAAUGAAAUUUGUAAGCUGAGGGCAAGAAGUUAUUUCAUUUUCUGGCAUCCAACAUCAGCUGGAUCCUCAUCUUGGAAGCAAAAGCCUAGAAUAAAAAAGAAAACGUCUUUCUUCCUUUCCUGGACUGAUUCUGGCAAGUUUAUAUCCUGCCUCUUCCAUCCUGGCAUACUGUUAUUAAAGAUAAUAAUCAAAAUUAUAAA